AUGAAGGAAAACGACCCUCUCCUGCUCAAGUGGAGGGCACUCGGCCCUUCGGCGCCACCCCACGAGCGCCGCGAGCUCUUUUCGGCCAUUGUCCGAGCCGAGAUUGACGCGGACGCGCUGACGGGCGAUGAGUCGGGCGGACUGGCGCUGUCGAUAGAGAGCAAGAUAGACGCGCUCACCAGCAUGGCCGCACACCCGCCGCCGGACCUUGCCGCGUUCGAACAGGGCUUCCACGACCUGUGCGCGAGGGCAAGGGGCGACGUCCUGCGCGCGGCCGCGGUGGGCCCCAAGAUCGGCGGCGACGACGGGGCCCAGCACCAGCAGGGGCUGGGGAUGGCAGCCAGCAACAUCGGGGGCGACGGGCGCGUUGCGGCCCUAUCCAACGGCGCCCGCGCCUGGGCCGACAUGCCCUUCCUGGCCGAGGACUUUGCCGCCGCCUUUGCGGGGUGGCAGGCCAUGCCCCGGCCCCACCGCGCCGGCCUGGCGCCCCUGCUCGGCCGCCUGCUCGCCGUGGGUGUCGGCGACGCCGGGCUCGCUGUGUGCGCCCUGGUCGUGAUGCGCAACGCGCUCGAGGAGGCCCCGGUGGCCGGGGCCGGGGCCGUCGCGCCCGACCUCGAGCCCCUCAGACACCUUAUCCGCCAUGCCGCCGCCCGGCUGCUUCGCCUGAGCGACGACGCGGCGGCUGUCAUGCCGGGACCUUUCGCCGCCGAGCUGAGCGGGCUGGGCCGCAGGGCCAGGGACGCCGGGGUGACGGUCCCGCCAGGAUCCAGGCUCGGCCCCGAACGGUGGGCGUUUUGGAACGCAAGGCUGUUCGAGAUUAUCAAAGAGAGCGAGGGCGAGAGUCGGUUCGUCGACGACGCGAGAGCGUCCCUGCUGCGGAUGUGGGCGGAGGAGGACAUUGCCUGGGGUCCUGAACGGUCGCCGCCUGGUCGCUGGGAUGAGCUGAGGCCCCUGUUGCCCGACGUGAUGCCUAGUCACGGUUAA